AUGAAACAAGCAUGUUUCUGUUUACAAGAGGAAGUGAUCAGCAGAGUGAAAAGACAGCUAACAGAAAGGGAGAAAAAAUCCUUUCAAAAUGCGUAUCAGAGCAAUGGACCAUGCUGUACCAGCUUGACGGGACUGCUUUGCACAAACACCAAGAUUGAUAAUGCGCACCUAAAGGGAACCAGGUGUCCAGCCAAGCUCUUAAAGGAGAGAUCAAGGGAGCAGAAUGUUCAUCUCCUGGGCUACCUGGCCAAAGGACAGCUGGCCUUCCCGGCCUUCCUCGUGUCUGUGCGAGCUGCAUGGAACCGGGUGGGGACCUUGGGGCCUGGGCAGGCCGCGCUGCUGCUGGCGGGCGGCGCGCUGGGCCUCCGCCUGGGCCGUGGGCACGGGGCGGCCGACCACGGGGCCCCCUGGCUCUGCUAUGACGCUCUGGUGCACUUCGUGCUGGAAGGCGCUUUUGUCUACUUGUCUUUAGUGAGAAAUGUCGCAGAUUCUGAGGAAGGCUUGAUUGCAUCUUUAUGGAAAGAGUAUGGCAAAGCUGAUGUGCGAUGGCUCCAUUUUGAUCCACAUAUCGUGUCUUUGGAAAUUUUCACCGUUGUACUAGAUGGCUUCCUGGCAUUGCUCCUCAUUUAUGCCACUCUCAAGGAGCGAUAUUACUGGCACUUCAUACAGAUCACACUGUGCGUUUGUGAACUCUAUGGUGGCUGGGUGACCUUCUUCCCAGAGUGGCUUAUCGGAAGCCCCAACCUCAGCACCAACAGCUGGCUGUACUUCGGGGUCUAUCUGGUAUUCUUUAAUGGGGUGUGGGUUCUGAUCCCAGGACUGCUACUGUGGCAGUCAUGGGCAGAACUCAAGAAAAUGCAUCACAAGGGAACUGAUUUGAGGAAAAAGAGGUGAAUUUUCAAGAU